AUGGCAUUCAGGAGGCAAGUAAAAAACUUCGUGAAAAAUUACUCAGAUGCGGAAAUAAAAGUCAGGGAAGCAACUUCUAAUGACCCUUGGGGUCCUUCUAGUUCUCUGAUGUUAGAUAUCAGUGACCUGACUUUCAACACAGUUUCUCUCUCAGAGAUUAUGAGUAUGUUAUGGCAGAGACUCAAUGACCAUGGGAAGAACUGGCGCCAUGUGUAUAAAUCCCUUACCCUAAUGGAUUAUCUCAUCAAGAAUGGAUCAAAGAAAGUUAUUCAGCAUUGCAGAGAGGGGUUCCGUAACCUUCAAACACUAAAAGAUUUUCAACACAUAGAUGAAGCUGGAAAAGAUCAAGGUUAUUAUAUCCGGGAAAAGUCUAAGCAAGUUAUAACGUUGCUGACGAAUGAACAGUUGCUGCAUAGAGAGAGGAGAGUAGCAUGUCGGACUAGACGGCGUACCUCCUACUCUAUGACAUUUCCUAAAAGAUUACCUGGUACGGGUAACUCACCAACAGCAUGUGCUUCUGCUCCCGCACCAGAAAUCCCUGCUUCAGAGAAGAAGUGUAAGCUUCUUAAGGCGGCGAGGCUACAUAAUAACAAAAACACUUCCAAGGCAGGAUUGAAACAAGAGCAGUGUCAAGACAUUCAGUUGCCUAGCAGAACUGUGUCGUCCCAGGAGACACUACCCCUCAAGAUUAAUGCUUGGAAAUCAACAGAGGACCUGAUGUUAUUUUAUGAGGAUGAUCCAAAGCCAGUUUUGCCGACAAUUCCUACUUCCAUUAUCUCGUCAACUACAUGGUUGUCAGAAGGGCAAACAGAUGUCUGUAACCUCUGGGAUGCAGAUGCUGUGCCUGUUCCCUCAGAAAAAAGCCCAGCUCUGCAGACAAGUGUGAGUUUCGACAGGAAAUCAGACAGUACCAUUACAAAUACUGUAAUAGAAAACCCUUUGCAAACGUCUCUAGAAAAGCAGCCAGCUGCAAAAAGUUUUGAAACAUUGACAACUUUACCAGCAAUUUGGCCAUCUAGUAAUGAAGAGUUCAUCAACCCUAAUUUAAGGAUAUCAAAGCCGGAUUCUACUUUCCAUAACCAGAGCUCUGUGGAGACACUCUCUGUCUCUCCCUCAUUCAAAACAUUUGACCCAGUGAAACAGACUGUAAUAAUCAGUAAGGACCAUCAAAAACGAACAGAAUCCGGCCUGGUUCAGAUGGAGGAUGAAAACCUCAAGACUUUAACCACGUGGGUUUCAACUGCCUCUAAGGGAGCAUCCUCCUUUUCUACUUUAUCCGUGUCAUCUCCUGAUUCAGCCUCUCCAAAGAAGUCUGUUCAUCUCUCACCCCCAAUUUUGGCCGGACCUUCCUUCUGGAGUUUGUCCCAUCAACAGUCUUCUUCUGCCUCUGUUAAAGAUAAGACAGCCAGGGUUCAUCACCCUUUUGCUCCUAGGGGCCCACUGUCCUCUGAUGAAGAGGAAAAUGACCACCUCAACCUACUGGAAAUUUUUCCAGACAGCUCUGAUUCUGCCAAAAAGAAGACAAGUCCUAUUUCUAGCAGUAAUUGGGUAGCAUUUUCCACCCAAAAUGUAGACCAUUUCACCUCUGUGUCCUGUUCUAGUUUUCAGGCAACCAAAGACCUGCCUGGGGAGCCUGAAACAAACGAUUCCACUAACAUUCUUCUAAGGGAGGUGAAAAAUGCAAUAGUUAAAUUACAUGAAGAUCUGAGCAUGGUGAUACAAGAACUUAAUGUCAUCAAUAACCAUCUGGUAAGCAUGAGUGGGAAUAGUCCACAAAUAAACAAGUCUCUGCAGUCUCCCCAGUAUUCUGAGGGGGGCUCACAUCGAGUCUAA